UGAGUGAACAGAAAUAGCCUGGACAAUAACAGCACUUGGAGCAGAGAAGAGAGACAGGUAAGCUGCCCAGGUUCAACACUGUAAAACUGACUUUGACUAUACUGUAUCUACCUUUUGCUUUAUUCAGGAACCAAAAGACAGAGUUAAAGAUUGUGUAUUACAAAUGUUCCCCAGCAAAAACUCUUCAGGUUUUAGAGACAUUUCAUAUAAUCAUUCUUCUUCAAAAUUUAAAAAUCAUCAAGCUUCAGGGUGAAGCACUGGACCUGUUACAGAGGUCUAGAGGGAGGAAACUAAAGAGUAGAAGGAACAGCAGGAGGAUUAAGAGAACAAUCAAGGUAGCCAUGAGGACGGCAAGGCGAGCUAGCACCGUGGAGGUUCCCUCCUUCCUGCGACAGCUGGUGAGGGAGACUGAAAAGAUGGUCACUUUCUUUUUCAAGGGAGGCCAGGUGGAACAACAAGCAGAAGACGAUUCAGACUCUGAAGAUGAUAAUGAUGAUGUGGAGGAGAUACCCAGCCCUUAUCUGGAGAGGCCAGUGCUACAGAAACAUACUGCUGAGGGUGAGUCUAAGUGGGGCGUUAGCUAUGCCCUAGCUAGCAUGCAGGGAUGGCGUGCACAAAUGGAGGAUGCCCACACAUGCAUGCCUGAGAUGACUGAGGGCUUGCUGGAUUGGAGUUACUUCGCUGUGUUUGAUGGGCACGCUGGAAACACUGUGGCUCAGUAUUGCUCUACACAUCUGCUUGAUCACAUCCUUGCGACAGGUGGCAUAGCUGCAGAGGAAAAUGUGGAGCAAGUGAAAGACAGCAUCCGAGAUGGGUUCCUAGGCAUUGACCGCCACAUGUAUCAACUUGCCCGCACCAGUGGCUGGGACCGCAGUGGCUCCACGGCAGCAGCCGUCAUGAUCUCUCCAAGAAACAUUUACUUUAUCAAUUGUGGUGACUCCCGUACCUUUCUGUGUCGCAAUGGCCAGGUGGUCUUCUACACGGAGGACCACAAGCCCUGUAACCCACGGGAGAAGGAACGCAUACAGAAUGCAGGGGGCUCAGUCACGCUGCAGAGAGUCAACGGCUCCCUGGCUGUGUCCCGCGCCCUAGGAGAUUUCACCUUUAAGGAAGUGGAAUGGAGGACACAGACAGAGCAGCUGGUGUCCCCCGAACCUGAGGUCUAUGAUCUGGAGCGCUCCCCUAGCGAUGAAUUCCUAGUGGUGGCUUGUGAUGGAGUUUGGGAUGCCAUCAGUAAUGAAGAGCUGUGUGCUUUUGUGCACAACCGGCUUUCAGUCUGUGAUGAUUUGAGGGAAGUCUGUUCACAGGUCAUUGACCUCUGCCUCUAUAAGGGAAGUUUGGACAACAUGAGCAUCAUCAUCAUCUGCUUCAGUGGCUCACCUCAAGUGACACGUGAAGCACUGCAACGGGAAGCAGAGCUGGAACAACUCGUAGAUUGUAAAGUAAAAGAAAUCAUUGAAGUGAUCAGGAGUCAAAAUGAGGAGCCUGAUCUGCUUCAUCUGAUGAAGUUUCUGGCAACUGAAAACAUCCCUGGACUUCCACCGGGAGGCGGCAUCACAAGCAAGAGAGACUGCAUAAUUGCUGCAUACCAGAAAUAUUCAGCAGCUUUCAGGACUGUUCAGGACCGAGCGGAUAUUGGUGGCUCAGAGGAUUCUAACUAAUGGUGGUUGCCUUGGAAACUACAUCAAAAGCCUCACAUAGCAACAGACUCUAUCAUGAAAAACAUGACAGAUGAACUUUAAUAUGAUAAAAAGAUACAAAAAAAAGUUAAAAAAUAAAUAAAUAAUAGCAGGGAAUUUAAAAUGCAUCCAGGCCCAUUAACUGCAAAUAUGUCUAUCAGCAGGGAAAUAGGCAUUUCAGCUGUCACUCUUUCACUCUAGUGACUGUAAAUCCCUGAUUAUGCAGAUUAUUCUUGUAUAUACAGCAGACAGUGAGCAGAAUCUACAUAAUGUAGAUAUUACUAUACAUUCUCCAAUAAAGUAUAAACAUUCAUAUGGAGGAAGUUUUCAGGCAUUCUGCUUUAAUAUGGGCCAGCAAAGAUACUCUAGGUUCUAAAAUUUUACUAUAUAAUAAAUUGAGAUUUUGGAAAAUGAGUUAAUGUUUGAAUGUGUAACAUUUCUCCGGCGGAGAAAGUACUGAGAAUGACUACAGUAACAUUCAUAUCGACAUGAUAAGCAUAAGGACAGAGACAGAGACAAUGACUCACACCCAAGAGAACUAAACUAUAUAUAUAUAUAUGAUAAAUGAAUGAACUGAUAUGAUAUAAGAUUAAUUAAUGAAUUAAGGAUCACAAACUUUAUUAUUUUAAGAGUAUAUAAUUUUUAUCCCUACCCUAAUAUAUAUUUCAUAUAUAAUAUACGUUUUAAAAUAACAUGUAUAUGUAUAGGAUUUGUUAGCUAUCAUUAUGCACUUGACAUGUUUUUGUCAUGUUUUUUGUACAGUAUAUUAAUUGCAGAUUUAACAUUUAA